UGCCUGCUGCAGGACGGAAUGCUGGCUGUCCACAGUUCCGCAGCCUGCGGUUGUCAGAUGCAGUGUAAGCCGUAAACAAGGGAAUAUAUCUCGGUAAAUAAGAGGAUUAGAGUCGGUGAAAACAUGUUGCUGUAUCUGCUGGGUGCGGCGCUGCUGUCCCGAGCGGCGGGCUUCUACCUUCCGGGUCUGGCCCCCGUCAGCUUCUGUGAACCUGGAAAAGAACAAGUACCAGACUGCAAGUCAGCCAUUGAACUGUUUGUGAACAGGCUGGAUUCAGUGGAGUCAGUCCUCCCCUACGAAUACACUGCGUUUGACUUUUGCUCAGACCAAAAGGAGAAACGUCCAUCUGAGAAUCUGGGUCAGGUUCUCUUUGGGGAGAGGAUUGAACCCUCACCAUACAAGUUUGAAUUUAAGAAAGCCGAGGUUUGUAAGAAGGUGUGCACCAAAGACUACAACACCAACAAUGCACUAGACAAGGUCAAACUGGACUUCCUCAAGAAAGGAAUGCUGCUCAACUAUCAGCACCACUGGAUUGUGGACAACAUGCCUGUCACCUGGUGCUAUGAUGUUGAAGAAGGACAGAAGUUCUGCAAUCCUGGUUUCCCUAUUGGCUGUUACAUUACAGAAGCAGGACGACCCAAAGAUGCCUGUGUGGUCAACUCUGACUUCAAUGAGAAGGACACUUUCUACAUCUUCAAUCAUGUGGACAUUACUAUCCAUUACCACGUUGUUGAGAAUGAACAACUUGGAGCCCGAUUGGUUGCUGCCAAGAUGGAACCUAAGAGCUAUAAACACACCAAUGCAGAUACUCCAGAUUGUUCUGGAGGGCCAAUGUUCCUCAACAACAAAUAUACAGGAGAAUUCAAGAUACCAUACACCUACUCUGUCAGCUUUGUGGAGGAUAAGAAUAUUCGCUGGGCUUCUCGAUGGGACUACAUCCUAGAAUCCAUGCCUCACACUAACAUCCAGUGGUUCAGUAUAAUGAACUCGUUGGUGAUUGUGCUGUUCUUGUCUGGUAUGGUGGCCAUGAUCAUGCUGAGGACUCUGCAUAAAGACAUCGCCAGAUACAACCAGAUGGACUCUGUGGAGGAUGCCCAGGAGGAGUUUGGCUGGAAGUUGGUCCAUGGAGAUAUUUUCCGACCUCCCAGGAAAGGAAUGCUGCUGUCAGUUUUCCUCGGUUCAGGAACUCAGAUCUUCAUCAUGACCUUCGUCACCCUUUUCUUUGCCUGUCUUGGGUUCCUCUCCCCAGCCAACCGCGGAGCAUUGAUGACCUGUGCUGUGGUUCUCUGGGUUCUGUUAGGAACUCCUGCCGGAUAUGUGGCUGCUCGCUUCUACAAAUCAUUUGGUGGAGAGAAGUGGAAGACCAAUGUUCUCCUGACUGCCUUCCUGUGCCCGGGCGUGGUGUUUGCAGAUUUCUUUGUGAUGAACCUCAUUCUGUGGGGUGAGGGUUCUUCAGCAGCCAUGCCCUUUGGUACCCUGGUAGCCAUCCUGGCUCUUUGGUUCUGUAUAUCUGUGCCGCUUACCUUUAUAGGGGCUUACUUUGGCUUCAAGAAGGCUGGUAUUGAGCAUCCAGUGCGGACAAAUCAGAUUCCUCGUCAGAUCCCGGAGCAGUCAUUCUACACAAAGCCCCUUCCUGGUAUUGUCAUGGGAGGAAUACUGCCUUUUGGAUGCAUAUUCAUCCAGCUGUUCUUCAUACUAAACUCUAUCUGGUCCCAUCAGAUGUACUACAUGUUUGGCUUCCUCUUCCUUGUCUUCAUUAUCCUGGUCAUCACCUGCUCUGAGGCCACCAUCCUCCUCUGCUACUUCCACCUGUGUGCUGAGGACUACCACUGGCAGUGGCGGUCCUUCCUGACCAGUGGCUUCACUGCUGUGUAUUUCCUGGUCUACGCCAUCCAUUACUUCUUCUCUAAGCUGCAGAUCACUGGACUGGCCAGUACCAUACUGUACUUUGGAUACACUAUGAUCAUGGCUCUCAUCUUUUUCUUAUUCACUGGUACAAUUGGCUUCUUUGCCUGUUUCUGGUUCGUUACCAAGAUCUACAGUGUAGUCAAGGUGGACUGAAGACUACAGACACUUUGUGGACUACAGACAGCUGGAGUUCCCCCCCCCCCCCCCCCCCCCCCCCCCCCCCCCCCCCCCCCAAGCAUACAACACUGUCAGUGUGAACUCUGAAACAUGGCAACCUCAAGAUAAACGCUGCUCUUCACCUGCCGCCAUCUCCUCAACUCGAGUGGAAUCUCUCCCUUCCUUUUCUCUAACAAACACUACAGCAUUCAUCACAAGUUUUCUUUCUUCGGUGUGCCUGAAGCAUUGAUGUGUUUGGGUGGAUACGUUUUCACACUGGUUGUUAGUGGUUUUGCGUGUACAUACAGUAUCUACGUACAUAUAAUCUAAAUGAAAUUAAUCACUAGUGUACGAGCCUCUUCUCUGUGUCCUUCCAGUAGAGAGCUGGGUUACCGGGCACUAUGACACACAGCCACAAUCGCAUAGCAAGGAGCUUUGGGAUAUCUGUUGUCAUUCCAAUCCUUUUAACCCUUUGAAACCUGAACAGAUUCACUUAAUUUGUUUCAAAAACAUGGGGUGAUUUUCAAAUUAGUAAAAAAUUUCCAGAAAAAAGGGGCGGACAUUUUUACAAGACAAUUGCCAGACAGUUAGCAAAAACAUAAGCAAAAAAAACCUAACUAUAUAUUUAAAUAUCAGAUCAUUGAUGCUAUAUCAAAAUUUUUAAACAAAUUACAAGAAAAUGACAAACAAAUUAGUUUGAAAAACAGAACAACAAAAAAAUCGAAAUUUGGCAAAAACUAUUACCAAAACGUUAGUAAAACAUUGCCAGAAAAAUAGCAUAAAAUUUCGGUAAAAAACGAAAGGAAAAAAGUUAGAAUUAGAUCAUUAUAAAUAUGAAUUUAAAAUAAUAAAAAUGACAAAAUAAAUAAUGAAUAAUUUUUUUUUUUUAAAUUGUAUUUUGUAACAAUAGGCUUUGUGAAAACAAAAGCCUACCCACAGGCCGCUGGGUUUCAAAAGGUUAAACUUUGUUCUGCAAUCCCUUCAGCAGUUUGCAGAGUUCGUGUAAUGUUUGUGUGUGUGUGUGUGUGUGUGUGUGUGUGUGUGUGUGUGUGUGUGUGAGAGAGAGAGAGAGAGAGAGAGAGAGAGAGCGAGAGAGAGAGAGAGAGAGAGAGAGAGAGACUGUGUAUGUGCAUGAUUGACAGUUGUGACAGUUGUCAACGGCUUCCUUCCCAGACCAUAUGGGUUCAGAUGCUCAUUCAUCAAAGUUGUGGGCCUUGGCAUUGUUCCUGUGAUGUGUUUGUGUGCAGCAGAUUGUGCACUGAUGGCAUCCAUCAGACCAGACAGGAUCAAUCAGUUUUACAGCACUAUCUGAACCAUCUCCCAAAAUGCUGUGCCUUUAAAGGGGCAUUCACUAAUAUAUGGCCAUUUUAGACUAAUAGGAAUUGCAACAACACUUACAGAACUUCUCUCCUCCUCCCCCUUCUGAGCCUCAGACUCUGCUAGAUGUUUAACAAUAGUACAUUUUUGAGGAAAAAGUCAGACAGAAUGGGCGCUCAUCAACAAACUCACAUAAAAAUGGCCGCCACUCUGACUAUCCUGCCAUGUUGAUUUGAAUAGGACUGUCCGUUCUGCUCCAGUCCAGUGAUCACCACUAAAUCCAUUCACCUUCUCGGGAUUCUCCUUGGCUGCAUUUACAGCACUGAGCAGCUUGCAAGGUGUACACUCCUCUGUCGAAGCAGUGAACAAGAGUCUUCUUGAGGAAGUUGAUGGGUUCAGUGGUGAUAGUUGUGAAAGUCAAGAUUUGUGGCAAUUUGGUGGCAAUCUGGUGUUCAUAUAUAUAUAUAUAUAUUGUUUCCAAUAUAGAUAUGUUUAUAGGACAAAUGUAAGUUUUGAAAACUGUGCUUGACGUUGCAAAAGUCACAUUAGGUUUGCGUCCAAUUUGUGUGUCUUUUACCUCAGAGUGGGUCCGAUGUCACGGAACUAUGUGCAUAGUUGUACUAUGCACUAUGUUAAAUGUCUAACAGAGUGCCACAUUUGGGCCAACCCCCCUAUCCUGUACUUAAGUUAAGGUGGCCUUUAAUUGAUUCAAACUGUGUGUGUGUGUGUGUGUGUGUGUGUGUGUGUGUGUGUGUGUGUGUGUGUGUGUGUGUGUGUGUGUGUGUGUGUGCGCGUGCGCGUGUGUGAGAUAGACAACACGCUGGAAUGAGUUUUGAAAGCCAGGAGUGUGAGCGCCUUGCCAAGUUAUAAUUGGCCUUACCAACCCCUGGGGGCUGUAAAAACAGUAAAAACCAUACCUGUUGCUACAUUAAAGGAACAUUCUUUUUAUUUUAAGGUUGCUUUUCUACUUUUCCCAUCAUGGUGAUUGAUUAUUAAACAUUUUCAUCUCUUCACUUUAGAGCUUUCACACCUCCAGACACAGGGUCAAACCAAGCUCCAGUCGUUUAUUGCAAAUAGUGAUUUACAGCACAUCCUUUAAACACAAUAACACAUAUUAACUUUCAGUUAGAAUCCAUGCUGUUUUAGUGUUGCUCACACAUUCCCUUGCGUUUACUUGCCUUGUUUCUGUCUCUUUGAAGUCAUGGUGGUGGAAGCUGAAGAACGGGCUUUUUUGCUUCAGUUUAUAAACUCUCUGCAUGUUUCACUCAGAACAUCCAUCCAUCCCCCAUCUAAAAUCAUUUGUAUCUAUGAAUUUGAAAUUCAGUAAUAAAUUACAAUAAUAAAUAAAUAAGAAAUUUUGUGAGUGUAGCUACUUGCACUAGGGCAAAGAUAAAAGUUGGCUUUAUGUUUUUUCUACCUUAGACCUCCAACAUUGGUGGAUUUGCCACUACUGCACUGCUUGUGUUGACAGUAGGAGAUAUCCCAGUCUACCCAAAAUCCCCUAAAUUCUUGUAUGUAAUUAGGUUGAUGCAGACCUAUCACUCACAACCAGAAUCAAUCUAUUCAUGUGUUGGCUCAAGAUAGGUAAAGUAAUGUAUCUAAUCCUGCAAUAUAUGAAACUUUCAGGCAAUGGAUAAUCACACAUUAGAUCUAGAAAGUGUGUUACGGUGUUGAAAGGAUGUGAUGAAAUUGCUUUAUCAGUUCUGUCUGAACUUGCUUUACUGUGUGUGUGUGUGUGUGUGUGUGUGUGUGUGUGUGUGUGUGUGUCUCAGAUGGGAGCAAGAGGUCAGAAAAUUGUACCCAGGAAUUAUCCUUCAAUACACAGUAACAGUCAAAACCAAAAGGGAUUUUGUUGCUUUGCAUUGAAUUAAACAGAUAGUUCACCCAUUUUGAAAAAAAAAAAAAAAAUACAGUUUCUAUUUCAUGGCAGUUAU